UUUAAAUCAUAGUUGGGGGAAUAUUUGACGCGGAAUUCCAGCCCCUAACUCCCAAGUCUCCAAGCCCAAAAUUACUUCUGCAGUGUCCCCAACUGCGGCCAGCGUCGAAGAUGAAGGUGGUGGCGCUCGUCAGCGGCGGCAAGGAUAGCUGCUACGCCAUGAUGAAAUGCAUCCAAUAUGGCCACGAGAUUGUUGCUUUGGCUAAUUUGUUGCCGGCUGAUGAUUCAGUGGACGAGCUGGACAGCUACAUGUACCAAACUGUUGGGCACCAAAUUGUUGUCAGCUAUGCGAAAUGCAUGGGAGUGCCAUUGUUCCGAAGGAGAAUACAAGGAUCCACAAGGCAUCAAAACCUCAGCUAUAGAAUGACUCAAGGUGAUGAAGUUGAAGAUAUGUCAAUCUUGUUGGAAGAAGUAAAAAGGCAGAUUCCCUCCAUCACAGCAGUGUCUUCUGGUGCAAUUGCAUCUGACUACCAAAGGUUUCGGGUAGAGAAUGUUUGCUCAAGGCUAGGUCUUGUUUCCCUGGCAUACUUGUGGAAGCAGGACCAGUCCUUGCUCCUUCAAGAAAUGGUAACCAAUGGAAUUGUGGCUAUCACAGUAAAGGUUGCAGCCAUGGGGUUGGACCCUGCCAAGCACUUGGGGAAAGAAAUAAUGAACCUGCAGUCCUAUCUACAUAAGUUGAAUAAGUUAUAUGGAAUAAAUGUAUGUGGUGAAGGAGGGGAAUAUGAAACAUUAACACUUGACUGUCCUCUUUUUGGAAAUGCCCGAAUUGUGCUUGAUGAAUUUCAAGUCGUGCUGCAUUCUUCAGAUUCCAUAGCUCCUGUAGGGAUCCUUCAUCCCUUGGCUUUUCAUUUGGAAAAUAAGGUGGAGUCCAUAUCUUUAAGUGCUACUAAUGGAACAAAUGAUGCCUGUUUGGAGAAAAUUGAUUCUGUAUGUGAAGUGCAAGGAGAUUGCCUAAGAAGAUGCGCAGCCAAGGGUGAAUCAGUUGAUGCAGCAUCUGAUUUGGAUGAUGUUAUAGAACAUAGACUCCUCAUUUCAAAAACGAGGAAGGAUAAUUUAUUUUCCAUGUGCUGUUGGUUGCAAGAUUCAUCCAAAACUUCAUCAGGUUUGCAAGAAGAUAUGAAGGCUGUUCUAAAGAAAAUUGAGUCACAGCUCAUGGAAUAUGGCUUUGGUUGGGAGAAUGUCCUCUAUAUUCAUCUUUAUAUUUCUGAUAUGAAUGAGUUUGCUUUGGCAAAUGAGAUAUAUGUGAAAUAUAUUACGCAGGAGAAGUGCCCACUUGGUGUUCCAUCUCGCAGUACAAUUGAACUGCCUCUGUUGCAAGUAGGUCUGGGGGGGGCAUAUGUUGAAGUUUUGGUGACAACUGACCAAAGCAAAAGAGUUCUGCAUGUACAAAGUAUAUCCUGUUGGGCACCCAGUUGUAUUGGACCAUAUAGCCAGGCAACCUUACACAAGGGGAUACUUCACAUGGCUGGGCAAUUGGGGCUUGACCCUCCCACUAUGAAUCUCUGCAGUGGAGGCCCCACUGUGGAGCUGGAGCAAGCACUAAUAAACAGUGAUGCAGUGGCAAAAUGCUUUAAUUGUUCUGUAUCUAAUGCAGCUAUUAUCUUUGUCAUUUACUGUUCAACACGUAUUCCACCAUCAGAAAGAAUUGGAGUUCAGGACAAGCUAGACACAGUUCUUAAGCAAAUGAGGUUAUUUCAAGAAAAUAAAGGAUGCUUGUCUAAUGUUUUGUAUCCCAUUUUGCUGUAUGUUCUUGUGCCCGAUCUUCCAAAAAGAGCACUUGUAGAAGUAAAGCCUGUCUUAUAUGUGGAAGAUGAUAUGAAGACAACUGAAACUACUGUAGAAGACAUGUCUUUCACAAUUGCACCAAAUCAUUGGGAUUUUCAGGAGGCUUCCUGGCAUGAUACUUGCAUUCAGAAAUCUGUUAUUCCUGGGAAGAUAUGUGUGAUCGUCCUGUCUGUUACAAAUGAACUUGCUAUGAAAGUUUGUUCUGAGUCUCCAGGUUGUAACCGGAACAAUCAGGAUCAUCGAUUUGGCAAUGAGCAAAUUGACAGAAUAACAAGAUUUUGCAUUUAUCUUCUUGAUAAAGUCCUUGCAGGAAAUGGUUUCUCUUGGGAAGAUAUUACGAAUUUGAAGUUCUACUUCCCAACCAGCCUUUGCAUGCCUCUUGAAACAUUGUCACUCAUGUUCACCAAUGCAUUCAAUGAAUUUGCUGAAAUGAGUCAGAGGAUUAAAAUUGGUAAGGAACCCAUCUUCAACCUCAUUCCUGUUUUGGGUGCUGGGAAGACCUCAUCCAUGGAUGAUAUCAUCACCUGUGAGCUGUUUUCCCAGAAACAUUGAUGAUUCCAUUUCCCAAUUUAGUGGCAUUUCUUUGUGUUAUUAGAAACUUGAUGAGAUAAACAGACACAGCAAUCAAAAGAAUCAAUCACAUGAAUUAUAAGCCAUUACAUGCUGCUUAUUAUUUUUGAGUCUUUUCCCGUCA